AUGACAAACAGCGGAUCACGCAAGAUUGUCCUUCUCACAGGAUCCACAGGAGCAAUCGGACGUGAAAUCGCAAUAAGCUUGGCAGGAAAAGGCUGUGAACUUAUCCUCCCGGUGCGGGAUGCCGAGAGGGGAAAACAGCUCGUCAAAGACAUCCUCGAAAAGGCCGGCGCUCAAGCAGGGCCAGUCCACCUGGAGGCAUGCGACAUGAGCUCCCUCUCGUCCCUGCGAAACUUCGUUCGGCGGGUCCAAGAGGCUUAUCCACGCCUUGACGUCCUCAUCAACAACGCUGCAACCGUGCCUCCCACCCGGCAGCUUACCGAAGACGGUCUGGAGACCCAAUUUUGCGUCAACGUGCUCUCAUACUUCCUCCUGAUGUUCUCGCUUUCCUCCUUUCUUCGAAAAUCCGGCAAGGCGAGAAUCAUCAACGUGGCAUCCAAUCUCGCCGGAGAUUUAGAUCUAACGGACAUGCAGUUCGAAAAGCGCAAAUAUAACAAUAUGCUCGCCUACAAGCAAAGCAAGCAGGCGGACAGGCAACUCUCUUGGGCGGGGGCCAAAUUUUUUGCGGACUCGGGAGUCAAAGUCUUCGCCAUGCACCCUGGAGUGACCACGUCUGCAAUUCUGAAAGGAGUGGGCUAUGAAAAAGGAUGGGACUCUGCAGAGUUUUGCGCGAAAAUGGCCGUGCAACUGGUGAUGGAAGAGGAAGGGAUGAAGACGAUGGAAACUGGGACGUACUGGGUAAACGGGGAGGAGACUGCUUGUCCGUGGCAGGAGAACGACCAAGAAUGCCAGGCCGUGUGGGACUACUGUAAAAAGUGCGCUGGUGUUGAAUGAAGGAGCGCCGUAAAGGAGCCGGCAUUGGGAUGAUUUUAGGGAAGCUUUUCCCCAGACUCGACUUUGAAGUGCUGAGAGAUUGUCGAGCAAAAUAAAGUUGCCUCCGAACGGG